AGCCUUUUCAUAAGAAAAUAUUCUAUUUUAGUUCAAUAGCUUCUAGACUAUGUGGCCUAAUGUCUGAAAAUCAGCUUCGUAUCACAUUGGCUUGUCUGUUUUUACUGCCUUGGAAUAACCGACGUUUUAUUUUGAAAACCGAAAGUUUGCUCGCUCUCUAUCAUGGACCACCUGCAUUUGCCAUACAUUCUGUAAUAGGGACGCACUUAAUAUUUUAGUGCCGCUGAUUUGACCAAGAAAGGACGAACGACGGCUCACUUGACCGCAGUAAAGUAAUCUCGUGAAUUACAUUGCAGUUUUUCAGUGAGCAGAAUGGCCACAGACUGGUUGGGCAGCGUUGUGUCAAUAAACUGUGGGCUGACACUGGGGGUUUAUCAGGGACAAGUGUCAUCUGUCGAUCACGCCAGCCAGACCAUCUCACUGAGACAGCCUUAUCACAAUGGGGUCAGAUGUCCUGUUCCUGAGGUCACUUUCAGUGCAAUGGAUAUCAAGGAGUUGAAGUUCCUAGAUAUCCAGAAUACAGUUGACAAGCCCAGCUCUGUUCAGGGAGCUGCAUCAGAACCAAGCUCCGUACCUUCAGGACGCCAAGGCCAGAGUAACAAAAUCACUCACCCACAUGUUACCAGCAGCAGCUCUCAUUCUAGCACUGCUCCAAUCACCAUCCUACGCAGAGCUCCUACAGCUCCAGCUAAUAUCAGAGGGGCAACACAGGCCACACCAAAGAAAAAUAGUGUGAGGAAUGGUGGUGCUGCAGGUCCUAUGAGGCCAAAGGACGACGAGUGCUUUGGAGAUGGGACUGAGGAAGACCUCGACACAGACUUUGACUUUGAGGGAAACCUUGCUCUGUUCGAUAAAGCUGCCGUCUUCUCCCAGAUUGAUGGGACCAACAGCCACAGUAACAGGGCACAGCAUCACAGCACGCCAGGUGAACAGAAGCCUGUGUCCUAUCGCCAUGAUGAGAAUAUUCUGGAGGGCAAACCUGUCAUAUACAGACAGAUAGCGGUGCCCCAGCAUGUGGGCAAAGAGUACUGUACAGAUUCAGGUCUGGUGGUCCCCAGUGUGUCCUAUGAGCUCCAUAAGCGCAUUCUCGCAGCUGCAGAGCGCUGGGGCUUGUCUCUUGAGCGCAGACUGGAGACGAUAGGUGUUUGUUCCAGUCAGAUGGCUCUCACUCUGCUGGGAGGACCAAACAGACUCAACCCAAAAAAUGUCCACCAGAGGCCCACUGUGGUCCUUCUGUGUGGGCCACACAUCCAGGGAGCCCAGGGCAUCAGCUGUGGUAGACACUUGGCCAACCACGAAGUGGAGGUCAUCCUGUUCCUGCCCAACUUUCUCAAAAUGCAGGAGUCAGUCACCAGCGAGGUCAACCUCUACAGCAGAACCAGCAGCAAGCAAGUGGCCAAUGUCAAAGACCUGCCAACAGGCCCUGUUGAUCUGGUCAUCAACUGCCUAGACUGCCAUGAGAACCGACUCCUGAGAGAGCAGUCCUGGUAUAAAUUAGCCGCCGACUGGGCUAACCAGAACCGGGCUCCUGUCCUAAGUAUCGAUCCGUCAGUCAGCGAGCAGCAUCAGAUGGUUGAGGCAAAGUGGACCCUCUUUUUGGGCCUUCCACUACCGUUACCUAAGGCGGAGAGCAGGGUCUACCUCUGUGACAUUGGCAUCCCUAAACUGGUUUUUCAAGAAGUUGGGAUCCGUUACCACUCACCCUUUGGAUGUAAAUUUGUCAUUCCUCUGCACUCGGCAUAACAGAGUACCUAUUUACAUUGCAUUUAGUUACAAAUGGACAAUAGGAUGUAGUAGUCUGCCUUUCCACGGUGUAUAAAAGUAACAUUAUGUAUGUGGAAAUAGCUGAGAAACAACAUUAUGACCAAACCAAUAUUUCAUUACAAGGUGACUUUAUGACACGUCUAAAAGCAUAUGGUGUAGGCUUUUCCUCUUACCCACUGGAAACUCCCAGGGGCAGGGGGGAUUGCAGUGUGUUGCGUGAGACACCUCUUGUUUUUAAGAGAGAAAGGUUUCCUGUUCUUUGGUGUGUUUUGAUUAGGGCUCUGUGACUAUGUGAAUAUGUUUACAAAAUGCUGACCACUGUGAGUCUAUCUGUAACCUCUGAUCCCAUGACCAGUGAGAGCAGCAGAGACACAGUUCCUGUUUCCUCCUUUAGAUUGCUUGUGGAGCGUGAUCCCGACCCUGUGACCCGGAGCACAGCUCACCCUAAAAGCUGUCCGCCAACCCAAAUCUGCCAUUCAUCUGCAUUUUCAUGUCCAUUGUCUUUCAAUUUGAUGCAUUUCUGUUACUCACUCAAAUGGGUGUAUAUUGUCUUGUUGUAGCAUGCUUCACAGAAAAGGUGGUAUUACACAGUAUCUAUAUUUGUAUUUAUUUGUGGAACAGAUCUCAGGAAUAAUGAAUGGAAAAACUUUAUAUUUGCAUUUACAUUACAUGUGAUAGCACUCUUUCUGCACUGUUAGGUGUCUUGAGCUUAUAACCAGUGAGACAGAAAAUUAAAAGUGGUCUCAGAUACUCUGGAGGAUUAAUUUUCUGUAUUGCUAAAAUCUUGCAGAUUAGACGUGAAUUUGAAGCACACAUUCCAAGGACCAAAACCAUCUUGGACCAGGUUCAACUCUAAGGAUUAUAGCUAACUACUGUGGGUGUAGUGAUGCCUAAUUAAGCAUUUUCCAUUUUUGACACAUCGGAUCAACCAUCUUCAGUACAAUUACAGCUCUGACCAACUUCCUCUCUUCUGGUCAGUAAAGAUAAACCCCCAAAUUAGCAACAUGUCAAUUUGAGAACAACAAAGAAAAACAGCCUUAUCUUAAACUGGCAGCUAUGCACUUUUGAAAUUAUGCACAUUGUUUUUUUAAGAGUUCUUAAAUCACUGGACUUUUUCUGACUCCAUAAAAUACAGUAAAAAACUUUUGUCAUAAGUAAUAAAUGACAGAUUGAUAGGCUUUGCAGAGUCUUCAUAAUGUCUGCACUUUGGAUUUAAUGAGCCCUUUAAUGUACAGCAGUAUCUGAACACAUUUCAUUGGCUAAUGUUUGGAUUAAAACAAUGAUUGUGGCUGUUCUACAAAAAGGGGAAAAAAGGAAGUAAAGAAUCAAGAAAUCUGUGGUGAACAAGAGAGUUCAAGAGAGUCACUCAGUUGACAGCUCUUCAAGAAAUCUGUGAAUUGUACUUUAUCUCCUGAGAGCUUGCCUAAACCAAGAACUGCCUAGAUCCAGGUGUGCAAAGCUGGUUGAUGUGGACAGAGUAGAUGAAACUUAAUCUGUUGGUGCUUCUACAAAGUUCUUAAAGGGUAUCUGAAUAUUAAUGUAAAUAAAAUAUUUAAAAUUUCACCUGAGAGCCUCCAUUCAGGGAAACAGUUUCAGACACUGCAGCCUCUUUUUCUGUGCUUCAUCAGAACUAUGUUUUUUUGUUCUUCAUUGCAGUAAAGACUAAAUGAAACACUUGAUGACUGAAAAAUUCAUGCAAGUUUGCAACUUUAGGAUUAGUCUCAUCUUUAUUCGUUGGGUUAAGCGGGGAAAAGGGAAAACACUGCAAUACAAAAUAAGGUGAAUUUCUUGCUAAUGUGUUUUUAUCUUAGUUUGCAGGAGUGUUGUCAAAUCGUUUUUAUACCUGUGGUUUUGACUAAGUUUAAUUCCAACCACUGAUGUGAGUGCUAAGUACAUUUUGUAAGCCUGUUAUAGCUUCUUGAAAACAUGACCUAAAAACACAUUUUAAAUGUGUUUUUUAUGGCUACAUGUAAAGCAUUUGAAGCUGCAAAAAAUAUUUCAUUGAUAAACAUUCAUCCUGGUUUUACUGACAAAAUGCAGAUGCUAGGAUGGGUGGGUGCUCUCUUACUGUAAAUGCAAAUGAAAUAAAAAAAUAUCUUGU